GGCUGGACGCCCGGCAGGCAGGCUACUCUGAGCGCGGCCCUGCACUUGCUGCACCGCUCCGGGCAGGCCCGAGCGCGAGGAGCCCCCUCCCGGCUCGGCUCGGCAUGGCGUGCUGCUGGGGCGAGUACCAGGUUUCUGUAGAUGGGAUUUCUGGACAAAGAGAAUGGAGACCUCUAAUUUAUAGAAAAUGCACAGAUGUACUCUGGUUGAUUUUAUUCUUUCUUUUUUGGGCUGGUUUGAUGUUUAUAACUGGCUAUGCUGUAACAGCUGGAGCUGCAGAAAGACUUGUAUUUGGGUAUGACAGCUAUGGAAAUAUAUGUGGUAGGAAGAACACUUAUAUUCAGGGUGCACCUCUUUCUGGACAGGAUAUGACAAAUAAAAAACAUGUGUUCUUUUUGAAUUCGUGCAGUCUGGAAAUUAAAAACCUUAAAAUCAAUUCAGUCGCCUUGUGUGUAUCUAGCUGUCCUCAAGAGCAACUUAACUCUCUGGAAGACAUCCAGCUUUUUGCAAAGAACAAUGGUUCUUCCCUUUGUAUUUAUAACGUGAACAUUUCCAGUUACACACUAAAUCCAAAGGCAUCUGAGCUGUGUCCCACACUGCCAGUUUCACCAAGCAAAUCCUUUCCAUUGUUUAAUCGAUGUGUUCCACAAAACCCUGAGUGCUAUUCGCAGUUUGCAUCCAUCUUGAUAAAUGUGGUUAAUGAAGUUGAUGUUUUUCAUCGUAUUCUGAGUGGAAUAAUGGCAGGAAGAGAUACUGUCAUAGGACUGAGUGUCCUUGCACUAGCCUUCUCUUUAAUAAUGGUUUUAACCUUCAGAUUCAUCACCACACUUCUGAUCCAUAUUUUCAUUACACUAGUUGUGUUUGGAUUGUUAUUUGUCUCAGGUGUUUUGUGGUGGCUCUACUAUGACUACACUAAUGACCCAAGCAUAGAACUGGAAACUGAAAAGGAAAAUGUAAAAUUUUUACUUGGAUUUGCUAUCAUAUCUACCAUCAUCACGAUGGUUCUACUUUCCCUCAUAUUUGUACUAAGGAAGAGGAUUCAGCUGACUAUACAGCUCUUUUGGGUUGCUAAUAAAAUAAUUAGCAGAGUCCCUUCCCUACUGUUCCAGCCACUGUGGACUUUUUUGAUUCUCAUUUUCUUCUGGGUGUUCUGGGUUGCUGUGCUACUUAGCUUAGGAACUGCAGGGAGUGCACAAGUCAUUUCAGGAGGACAAGUAGAAUAUAAAAUUCUGUCUGGCAUUCGCUACAUGUGGUGGUACCAUUUAGUCGGCCUUAUCUGGACUAGUGAAUUCAUCUUGGCUUGUCAACAAAUGACUAUCGCUGGAGCAGUGGUUACUUGCUAUUUCAACCGAAAUAAGAGUAGCUUGCCACGACACCUGAUCCUGUCUUCAAUAUCAGUUCUUUUUUGCUAUCAUCAAGGAACAGUUGUAAAGGGGUCGUUUUUAAUCACAAUAGUGAGAAUUCCAAGAAUUAUUCUUAUGUACCUUUAUGAUGCUCUAAAAGAAAAGCAUGUAUACACCACAACGGCCAUAAAUGGGACAAAUUUUUGUACCUCGGCAAAGGAUGCUCUCUCUAUUUUAGCAAAGAAUUCUGCUAAUAUAGCAUUCAUUAAUUGCUUUGGAGACUUCAUUAUUUUUCUAGGAAAGGUGUUUGUUGUAUGUUUCACAGUUUUUGGAGGGCUAAUGGCAUUUAACUACCAUCAUGAGUUCCAUGUAUGGGUAGUUCCUCUGUUGCUAGUUGCACUUUUUGCCUGCUUGGUAGCCCACAGCUUUUUGUCGGUUUUCGAAGUGGUCAUGGAUGCCCUGUUCUUUUGUUUUGCAAUUGAUAUGGAAACAAAUGAUGGAUCUCCGGAGAAGCCAUACUUCAUGGAUCAAGAAUUACUGAGUUUUGUGAAUCACAGCACCAAGCUAACAGAGUGGGAGAAAAACAGAAAGCAAAAGACCCCCCAAAACAAUGAAGAUGGUACAGAACUACAGCCUAUGGUGAGACGGGAGCAAAGACGAUGUGAUGAGGACAUCAAAUAACAUGUCUCCCAGGUGUACUACAGGAAUGGGGAUAGACUGUAAAUAUUUAUUUUUCUACUUUAUGAUUUCUUGCAGCAGCCAAAUUGUUGAGCCCCAGGGCUUUCAUCCUUUCACGCUAAUCAUUGUUACUAACACUGGAAGCUCAGGGCCAGAUUGUGGCCAUGAAUGGCCAGCAGUGAACUCUUCUGGUAUAAAGCAGGCACAGCUGGCUUUUGUGCCAACCACCCUUCCCAUCCCCAGCAUAGAGAGGGAUGAAGAGGCACAGAAAGAGCUUGUGGCGGGAUUCCUCGCAGCCACAUUGAUCCUCCAUUGGCGUAAAGAUUCAAAAGGCCUUAAGUGUAAAUUUCUGUAGUGCUAGGUUGUUCUAAUUCACACUGGGACUGGUAUAGAUAUCCUGCUUCCAUGCACAGAGCAGUACUCAGAUGUGGUGGAGACUCUGGCACAUGUUUUAAGCUGAUAUUUUUGUUUGAUUGUGCUUUACACUAUUUUAAAAUUAUGAGGUGAAAGAAGGGAGAUGCCCCCUCAAGAUGCAGUUUCAGACUUAAAGACUAAGGGUGUGUCUUCAAGCACAAUUAACUCAAGUUAUAAUUUGUGUUACCCCUAGACUCUCAUCCAUACUCAAAUCUCUAAUUUGAGUUAGGCCAUGUCUACACUACAUAGUUUUGUCAACAUAAGGCAGCUUAUGUUGACCUAACUAGAGGUGUACACACUGCAAUGCUCCUCCCGCUGCUUUAACUGUCACAUAGCAACUGCCCAGCAUGCUGGCUCCAUGGAGUACCCUGCCUUGAGUACCCGGGAGGUGGUGGAUCUCCUGGAUCUGUGGGGAGAGGAGGCUGUGCAGGUGCAGCUCUGCUCCAGCCUCAGAAACUUGCUCGGGGCAUGAAGGAGAAGGGCUACGACAUACAGCAGUUCAAAGAGCUGCAGAAGGCAAGGGAGGCAAAUAGACACCUCUGGUACGGAGCCACAGACAUGCCGCUUUUACAAGGUUGAGGCUGGGGUCAGUGUUGGUGAAUAGCUCCCCCACUUGAGCUCCUCUUAUAGCCUUGUGUUUAUAAUGCCAGCACAAGACUGAAGAGCAGUACAGGAUCCAUGCGUUCUGCCACACAUGGCUGGCUCACAGGUGACCAGGGCGGUUGAAAAGCAGCUGGAAACCUAGUAGGAUGCCCAUGGAAUGAUGGGAUUGAGAAACCUGCAUCAUGUGACAUUGAACCUGCCCCCAUAAGGCAUUGCAAACCCUUUCCAAAACACUCUGUGGCCAGUUGCACAGUGGGAUAGUUAUCCACAGUGCACUGCUCUCUGUGUUAAUACAAGAACGGCAACUGUGGAUAUACUAUGCCCAUACAAGGAACGUAGUGUGGAUGUGCAACAGCUGUUUAAUUACAGCAAUUUAACUUUGUAGUGUAGACAUUAGCCUGAAAUGGUGUUUUAUGCUCGAACCUGUUUGGGUGGGGGAGGAAUGGGAUAGUUUGAGACUCAAGUAAUGCUGAAGCUCAAGCUCCUACUGCUGUGAGGAUGUAACAGCUUGAGUUACAAAUCAUUAGCAGCUAAUCCAAUCACUCUAUUAACCCAAUUACUCUGUACUGCUAAUCAUAUCACUCUGUAAAUCCAGUUUUUUUUUGUAGUGUGGUUGCUCUCGCUUGAGGUAGACUAGCUCAGAUGCAGUUUUUUGAGUGUACAGACUCGAGUUAUGUUGCUGUGAAGACAAGCUCUCAGAGAAAAAGGUUGCCAGUUGACUUUAAUGGAGCUAUGACAAUUUACGUCAGCUGAGAAUCUGACUCAGUGUGGUUAGAACUCAGCAUGAUUGUCACUCAGGCAUAAAAUCUAAUUCUCAGUAAAGCCCAGGGUUUGCUGAUAAAUGGUCUGCAGCAGCAGCCAUUCCAUGUCCUGCUAAAUUGUCAUGCACAAAAAAGAAGUUGGUAUUGUUGCCCCUUUUUGACUCAAGUGGUUAGUCAAAGUUUGGGGGCUGGUAAGAGUUCAGAUGGGAGUACAAAUUGGUGAAAGUCAAGUGUUUCUUUGAUGCAGUUUUGGUUAUUUACAACGAAUGUACAAAGUUCUGUCUUUCUGAACACGUAGGCAAUCAAAUAGCAGGAAACAACUUCUUUUGCUAAUAGGACCAAGAGCAUUUGUCAGGCUGCACCUGACCCCAAAACCUCUCCCCACGUGUCUUCCAGGGUGAGCCACCCACUUUCAUCUGCUUCUUUAGCCUGUCAGUGUCACUCACUCAGGCUGUAUGCAUGCAGCUGCUCUGUUGUAAGAUCUCUAGUGGAGCCACUCUAAGCAAACAGGAGAGCUCUCCCGCCUACUUAAUUAAUCCACCCCAACAAGUGUCAGCAGCUGUGUGGACAGCAGCUCUCCUGCUGACAUAGUGCACACCAGGCUUAGGUUGGUGUAAUUUAUGGUGCUCAGUGGGUGGCUUAUUCACACCCCUGAUUAACAUAAGUGAUAGUGUAGACAUAGCCUCAGUCCAUUCUCAGUUUCUGUGUGUUCUGUCUGCCUCCGACUUACCCAUGAUCACAAUACCGAGGCAAACCUUCUGUCCACCUGGGGCCAGUGUCUGGGCAGACUUUAUUAGGCUUUGUUUUAGGUGUGGCCUUUUAACUGUUUCUUACAGCUGGCUUAAAUGGGGGACCAGUUAAAGAAGUCUUAACUCAUCCCAUAACAAGGUUUUAUCCAGCUCAUAACAAUAUAUUUUGGUGAUUAUUACUUGAUUUAUUUUUCAAGAGGUUGCAGACUGAGGGUGUGUCUAUGCUACAAGUGCUGAAGUGGUACAACUGCAGUAGCAUUGUAGUGUGACACUACAGCAAUGGAAAGGGGUUUUUCUAUCACUGUAGUAAAUCCACCCCCUCUCAAGAGAUGGUACCUAGGUUGGUGGAAGAAUUAAUCCUUUGACCAGUCUACAUCUACGGUGAGGGUUAGGUCAACCUAACUACACACAGCGUGCAAACUUUUUCCUAGCUCUGAGCAAUGUAGCUAGGUUGAUCUAAGUUUUAGGUGUAGACCAGGCCUGAGGCACUUACACUUUUUUCAUAGCAUUAUUGUAUAGAGAAAUAACCUAAGCUCUUAGGUUAGAAUUCAUGGUUUUAAGUUUAUUAUUCUGAUUAUGAAUGGCUGUGCUUGGUGUCUUUGUUACUUGUACUUUUGGUGAAUUUAGUAAAAAAUUAUUGAAAAGCGCAAAAGGAAUACAAAAUAGUUCUUUGUACCCUUACUUUCCCCCACCAAAGAAAAUCCUGGAUACACAGAUAUAAGAGUGCACAAUCCCCCUUUAUUUUCUUGGAAGAUCACAUUUUACAAAUAUUUUGAUAAAGAUGUCAGGGCCAGUGCUAUGUAUUUGACUCCCCCUUCCCCCUCGAUUGUAGACUUGAACUUGAGAUUGACCUUGAAAGCAUACAGGAUAAACAGUAAUAGAAAUUCAGACAAAACAAAGUGAAGGUUACAGAUAUGUUGCAACAAAGUAAUUUUUAGAUGUGUAAACCCUGGUUUGUACCUCUUACACUGAAGAAAAAAUUAGAUAUUUAAUUAUUGUUUAAUUUUUUAUGUACAAUAAUGGAUUUUUCCAGCAUAUCUGAUUUUAUUAAAAAAUGGAAAAGUAUUUGAGGUUUUAUAAAAUUUGAAUUAAUAAACAAAUCUCCUGUAAGAUUUGUGGUGCUGCUUGAAAACAGUAAGUUGACUAAAUCCAAGAGUUAUCCUUUUGGUAUCGGACCCGCUUGAUAAGUCAGCUGACAUGAUCCAGCAGUAAUUCUGUAUGCACCUAUCUGGAAAAUAUUGGUCAGUAGUCCCUGAGUCAAUUGAUGCACAGAACUGUAAAGAAGAUUCUUUUAGAUCAUUCCCAUUUGGACUAUUUAAUAUCCUUAAUAACCACUACACCCAAUUAAGGAGCAACAUUCAAGCCAUUGGAAGGAAAUUAUCUCCAGUUUCCCUCAGCCAAGACAAUAGCUACGAGGUAUGUGGGGUUUGUGGGAGGUCGGUCAUUUUUUGGUUUGAGGAGAGUUUUUUUUUGUACAGGUGGAUGGGUGGUCUUGGUGAGGAGGAAAAUUAUGAACAGCCCUUUUGUUCCUCUCUGCAGUGCAGAAGAGGGAUAAAUCCUCUAGAUGUACUAAGGUUUGUAAAUUAAAAUGAACAGACAUUUAGUAUGUGACAGAAAGCAGGGAAAAUAAGCUGGGCACUUGAUGUUGAUCUGAGAUCACAGGAUGAAAUGUUAGAGAGAGGCAGACGUAAUUGGACAGAGGUUGAGACAUUGGGGUGAAGAAGUAGAUGUGGAAGUUUCUGGCAUAGAAGUGGUAGUUUGGGAAGUGAAGAAAAUUACCUCAUGGGGAGAGAGUGAAGAGAUGACAAAGGAUGGAAUCCUAAGAAGACUUGGGGGGAGAGGAGGAGCCUCCAGAAGAGAUGCUGAAGGGGAAGACAAAAAGUUUAAAUAGCAAUAAUAAAACCCUCGAAGAGCAUCAGGGAAUGUCUUUAUGCACAAUUGAAAUUUUGUUGAGCUCGGGGGUGGGUUUGGAUCUUGGAUGUCAUAAAUUUUCAUGAGGUCAAAAUUUUCUCAUUUUGUGAGAUACAUGGGUCCAUUUCUCUAUCUUUUGGGAGGAAAUUGGAAAAGAUUUCAAAAGAACAUGAUAUAGUGAGGCUUUGUUUUUAAUUCAUCUAGAUCUGAUAAUCGAUUUUUACUUAGUGCUACACAAUCCUUUUUUUCCCCCCCAGAGCUGCUUUAACUUCCUGUUUGAAGGCAGGAUUGAGUGGGAGACCAGAAGAUGUCUCUAGCAGAGAUAUACAUGUAGUACAGAUGGUUUCAGUCUAUGAGCUGGAACAUUUCAGCAGGUAAGAGAAAGUUCCUGUCUUUGCUGCCCUAAAGAACAAACUCAGAGGUGGAGGAGGACAGAGUUUGUUUAAUAACUGAGGAAAUAUCAGAUGCAGCAAAGACAAUUAAUGACAAUUCUCUUGUCUUCUAAUAAAAAUUGGUCAGAC